CACCAGGAAAUAAAUCUGACGGCUCAUCAUCAAGCGAUCGACAAGAUUGGGUCAAGAUUCUGAGCUCGCUAAAGAAGAUUUCAUCCAAAAUGGCUGAACAAGAACAGUUGAUGCCAACACAAGAUGCUGAGAGACAGGGGCAGGUUGCUGAUGGAGACUGUGCAGAGACUCAGGAGCAAGCACUGGCCUUGAGGAGACCAGACAACCAGGACCAGACAACAGACAUGAUCCCAGUUGCAGCAGUCAAUCAAUUGCAACAGUCAGUGCAGCAGAUAUCUGGCUCUGGACACGUACCCAUCUUCAACCCAAAAGAUUGCACCAUCAAUAUCUACCAAUCAAAAGAUGAUGCACAUGCAUCACACCACUCUGGUCAUCCAUCAGUUGACAUAUCAGAGAAUCCACCAAGUACAUCACAGCAACCGACAACAUCACAUGUGGCCUCAGGUGCACAAGGUAAUUAUCAAUGAAUGUACCAACUCCAAACCAGAUGUCAAUGUAUUCAUUCUUUACAGACU